GCUAUUCUUGUCAGUGGACAUGGACACAGACCCGUCACUAUUUGGUGGCGGCACCAUGAGAUAGGACAAUAGAGACGAGCUACGUCGCAAACCUCUGAUAGUUUACCAUUAUAGUAGGCUUUUUUCCCCUGACCAGUCGUAACGAGUUUAUCGCCCUAACGUGCAGGUUGUGUGGGACUUUAACGUCUGUGUUUAAUCGCGUCGUUGUUCAUCGUCAUCUAUGGUACCGGGUUUUUGCUGCUGUUUAGCCAUAUUGCAAUAAUAAAGCCUGCUCGUUUCAAGACCAAGUGGAUACAGUCGGCGGCACGGACCAAACCGGGAUGUGCAAUGGCAUCAGUGCGGGUGGCUGUCAGGGUCAGGCCUAUGAACCGCAGGGAGAAGGACUUGACUGCAAAGCGUAUCAUCGAGAUGGAGGGGACCAAAACCACCAUUACCAACUUGAAGAUCUCUGAUGGCAUAACCGGGGACUCGAUGAGGGAAAAAGCAAAGACGUUCACAUAUGACUUCUCCUACGACUCCACGGACUGCAAGAGCACCACCUUUGUCUCUCAGGAAAAGGUUUUCAAAGACUUGGGCUCUGAUGUCCUCAAGGCUGCGUUUGAAGGCUACAAUGCCUGCAUCUUUGCAUAUGGUCAGACUGGUUCAGGGAAGUCCUACACUAUGAUGGGCAAUCCAGGUGAUGCUGGGCUCACUCCACGGAUAUGUGAGGGUCUGUUCAGCCGAAUUGCAGGGGCAGCGCGACGGGAUGAGGCCUCUUUCCGAACAGAGGUCAGCUACUUGGAGAUCUACAAUGAACGUGUUAGGGACCUGCUGAGGAGAAAAUCCAAUCAAACCUAUAACCUGAGGGUGAGGGAGCACCCCAAAGAUGGACCCUACGUAGAGGACUUGUCCAAACACCUGGUGCAGAACUACAGCGAUGUUGAGGAGCUGAUGGAGGCCGGAAAUAUCAACCGUACCACUGCCAGCACGGGUAUGAAUGACGUCAGCAGUCGCUCCCACGCCAUCUUCACCAUCAACUUCACCCAGGCUAAGUUCGAUGCAGAGAUGCCCAGUGAGACUGUCAGUAAGAUCCACCUGGUGGACCUGGCGGGUAGUGAGCGGGCAGAUGCCACAGGUGCCACGGGGGUCCGGCUGAAGGAAGGGGGCAACAUCAACAAGUCCCUGGUUACCCUGGGCAACGUCAUUUCUUCUCUCGCUGACAUGACUCAGGAUGGGGAGAACUUUAACUUGAAGAAGAAGACUGUGUUUGUUCCCUACAGAGACUCUGUGCUGACGUGGCUGCUGAAGGACAGCCUGGGGGGAAACUCUAAGACCAUCAUGAUUGCCACCAUUUCGCCUGCCGACGUGAACUACGGGGAGACCCUGAGCACACUCCGCUAUGCCAACCGAGCCAAGAACAUCAUCAACAAGCCCACCAUCAACGAGGACGGCAACGUCAGGCUGAUCAGGGAAUUGCGGGCUGAGAUAGCCAGGCUCAAAGCUUUGCUGGUCCAGGGUAACCAGAUUGCCCUCUUGGACUCUCCCACUGCUCUGAGUAUGGAGGAGAAACUUCACCAGAAUGAAGCCAGGGUGUUGGAGCUGACUAAAGAGUGGACCAACAAAUGGAAUGAAACUCAAAACAUCCUUAAGGAGGAGACACUUGCUCUGAGGAAAGAAGGGAUUGGGGUGGUCCUGGAUUCAGAGCUGCCUCAUCUCAUUGGCAUAGACGAUGAUCUGCUCAGCACCGGCAUCAUCCUAUACCAUCUAAAGGAGGGUAGGACAUAUGUCGGCAGAGAGGAUGCCUCUACAGAACAGGACAUAAUUCUCCAUGGGCUGGACUUGGAGAGUGAACACUGUUUAUUUGAGAACCAGAGCGGUAGAGUCACUCUGGUUCCACUCAGCGGGUCCCAGUGUUCUGUCAACGGAGGGCAGGUGACUGAACCGACUCAACUGAACCAAGGGGCUGUAAUCCUGCUGGGUAGGACCAACAUGUUUCGUUUCAACCACCCCAAAGAAGCAGCCAAAUUACGGGAAAAACGCAAGAGUGGCUUGCUCACCACUUUGAGCCUGUCAAUGACCGAUCUGUCCAGGUCAUGUGAGAACCUCUCAACUGUCAUGCUGUACAACCCUGGGUUGGAAUUUGAAAGGCAGCAGCGAGAGGAGCUGGAGAAACUGGAACACAAAAGGAGGCUGAUCAAGGAGAUGGAAGCCAAGCAGCAGAGUGAGAAGGCUGAGCUGGAACGGCUCCAGCAAGAGGUGGAGUCUCAGAGGAAGGAGUCCGAGGAGGUGCAGCAGCGAAUCCUCUGCCAAGAGGAGAGCCUCCGCCGGCGCAGCCAGGACAUCGAGAGCCGCCUCCGGGACCUCCUGGCCGAGAAAGAACGCUUUGAGGAGGAGCGGCGCUCUGAGGUUCAGUGGACAGACCCCCAGCACCGAAGACGAAGAAAACCAUGGCAACAGAAGGAGGGAGAGGACACGGUAGAGAUGGAGCAAGAAGUAGAGGAGGUGCAGGAUGAGGCACACCGGCGGCAGCAGGAGGCAGCAGAGAAGGAAAUCUACCGUGAGCUGGAGCGUUUAAAAAGGGAGCGCGAGGAGCAGACAGUGCGCCUGGAGACGGAACGGAGGCGCCUGGAGGAGCAGGAGAGGGAGCAGCUGAGCUUGGUAGGGAGGCUUGAGGAUCAGCUGAGGGAGCACCAUGAAGUGGCUGCCGCCCUGCUGACUCGAGAAGAUGCAUGCCGCCUGGAUGAGGAGCGCCAGGCCCUUGCAGAGAUCCGGGAAGUGCUCCUGCGGGCCAAAGAAGCAGGGGAGCGUCCAGAUGCAGCUGAAGAUGGCAAGGAGGCACAAGCUGCCCAGGCUCGCUACACAGAUUUCAAGGUGGCCCAGGUGAAGGAGUUGGCCAACCUGGAGGAGGGACUUAAGCAGCAGAGGGAACGUCUUGAGAAGGAGGUGGCGGAGGAUCAUGCGGAACUGCUCCUCCUCGCCCACAGCUUCCGAGAGCGGCAACGGCAGCUUAAGGAGACACAGGAGAAAGGGACGCAGGACACCACAGCCAUCUGCCAAGAGGAGCAGCUGGUCAGACAGGCUGAGCACCGACUGCAGUUUAAGGAGCGACAGCUGUCCAGCCUGACUGACAACCACCUCCCCGCACUGGCCGAGGAAAGGCUGAGAGCCGCAGAGCUCCUGGGCAGGAAUGGCAGUGGCAACAACUCGCCAGGGCUGGACAACACGCUGUACCAGGUGGAGAAGGAACUGGAGGAGAAGGAGGAGAGGCUGAAGCUACACUGCCUUGGCACUCAGCAGCUUCAGCAACUGCAGGAGAGCUAUGAGUUCACAGCUAACGUGGCGCGGCAGGAGGAGAAGGUGAGGAAGAAAGAGAAGGAGAUUCUGGAGUCAAAGGAGAAGCAGCAGCGGGAGGCCAUGGAGCAGGCCGUGGCCAGGCUGGAGAGGAGACAUUCAGCCCUGAGGCGCAGCAUCUCCCAGGAGCACGAUUCUGAGGAACCAAGGUGCUGGAAUUCUCCUCUUGGGAACACUCGGACUGCAGCUGACCUAGACCAGGAGAGCGUGGAGCGAGAGAUUCAGAAGCUGAGGCAGAGAAUCAGCCAAAGUGAAGGUCAUGUCAGGACUCAUGCUGUCAUCAGUGACAAGAAUGGUCACACCAGCACCCCUGUCAGCCCCAUCCAGAGCCUUGGCACUGUUCUACCACUCUCCGAUGACAGGCUAAAUGCCUACAUUGAAGAGGAAGUACAGAGAAGGUUACGGAAGCUAAAUCUCUUGAACGGAGGCAACAACAUCAAGUUGUCUCUGUCUUCUGAAUCUUUGAAGGAGGAAGAAGGAGUAAGCGACUCUGACUCUGUUAAAUUAACAGAUGAGGAUGAAGAGAAACUGCAAAACAACUUUAAUCCAAGAAAAUUGAAAUAUGAGCAGCGACUGUUUUCUGGUCUGCUUGGGACUAGUCCUGACAACGUGAGGGAUCCUGUUAAAAUAAGCAUUCCUCGCUAUGUUCUCCGAGGCCAGGGGAAGGACGAGCACUUUGAGUUUGAGGUGAAGAUCACCGUCAGUGAUGAAACAUGGACAGUGUUCAGACGGUAUAGCCGCUUUCGGGAACUGCACAAGAGCCUUAAGUUGAAAUACCCAGAGCUGGCAGCUCUGGAGUUCCCACCCAAGAAACUCUUUGGGAACCGAGAUGAGAGGAUGGUGGCCGAGCGACGGAAUCACCUGGAGCGGUACCUGAAGAACUUCUUCAAGGUGAUGGUGUCUACCUGCUCUGCCUCUCCUCUCAAAGUAGACGGCGAUGACGGCCUGCAACUCUCCAAACACGCAAUCUGUGAGUUCUCACCCUUCUUCAAGAAGGGCGUCUUCGACUACAGCAGCCAUGGCACUGGCUGACUCCUCCCAGUGCCAGACACUGAUGACCACUGGCUGACUCCUCCCAGUGUCAGACACUGACGACCCUAAUGAGCAUAGUCAUUAGAAACAAACAUUUGAUGCCUUACCAAGGGCGGGUCCUGUUGGAUCCCUCU